CGAGGCCUCUGUCUGCGACAGGAGUCCCUAGGGUCGCAGAGUAGGGGAGGUGCAGGCCCUUGGGUCCCUUCGCCCCCACCUGCCCACACCGGGUGCCUGCUGCCAGACACAAGUCAUCAUGCCUCUGGGAGAGAGGAAUGAGCUCUGGAAGUUGGAGGAAGAUCUUCAGGACUCAAAAGAGGCCCAGGGCCCGGUAGAGGCACAGCUGGAUGGGGCUGAGCAGGGGGAGGAGGCCCUCUCUCCCUCCUCCUCCACCUCUUCCCUCUCCUCCAGCUCCUUCUCCUCCUCUCCCUCCUCCUCCACUUUCAGGAGGGGUGUGCCGAUGGGUCCCCAAGUCCUCCUCAGAGCCCUCCGAGUGCCUGCCCCUUCCCCAGUGCCAUGGCAGCCUCUCCCUGGAGCCUGUCCGAAGACAGCUCCAGCAGCCCAGAUGAGGAGGGGCCUGGCACCUGGGGGGAGCCGGAAGUCGCCCAGCCCCUNGGACUGGUACAUCCGGGUCUCCAGAGAGACUGGGGGCCUUGGUGUAAGGGCCUGGGACUCCCUCAGGUCUGACAGAGGCUGGAGCCAUGUUUUAGAAAACAAGGGGCAGGAGCUAAUGGGACUAGAUGUGAGGGCCCGGUGGGACUACAUGAGCGACCCUGAACCCCAGAACAGCAUCAGGCCUGGGAAGCCCCUGAGCGGGAAGAGGACAGGUGGUGUGUCUCGACAUCCCCAUCUGGGUCAUAGAGAGUCUGAGGGUUCAGAUCCCUGGUCUCCGGAAGGGGAGGGCCUGGGCCUGAGGGUCUUGACUCUAGUCAGUGGGGGACGCAGGGACCAUGGCCNGGCCCAGGCCCUGGUCGGGAUGGAGGGCAUGCCCAAGACCGGGCUCCUGGUGCUGCUCUUGGGGUUGAUCCUCCUGAAGGGCGACUGUGUCCCCGAGGAGGAGGUGUGGGAAAUGCUGGGGGGCAUGGGGGUGUACGCCGGCAGGGAACACGUCAUCUACGGGGAGCCCAGGGAGCUGCUCACCAAUGUCUGGGUGCAGGAAGGGUACCUGGAGUACCGGCAGGUGCCCGGCAGCGACCCUGCCCGCUACGAGUUCCUGUGGGGUCCCAGGGCCUAUGCUGAAACCAGCAAGUUGCAAGUGCUGGAGUAUUUGCUGCAGGUCAAUCGCAGGCAGCAGCCUUCCUCCCUGGCCCUGUGUGAAGUCUCUGAGCAAUGAGGAAGAGGGGGCCUGAGCCCCAGGGGUGGCCAGGCCCUUUCCAGGCUUUGGUGGGGCCCGCAGCUUCUCCUGCGGGAUGCUGGGCAGGAAGUGAGGAUGCUUGCUGGUUCUUUCCUGUUAGUGUGUGAGUGUGUCUGUGUGUGUGUGUGUGUGUGUGUGUGUGUGUGAAGAGGCAGCCCUGGGCGUUAUAAGGAGUGCAGAGCCAGGGAGGGUUGGUGGAAGAAAGUGGGGCAAGGAUCCUCCUUUGGGGGGA